CACAUCACUUCAUGUGAACCUUUCUCUCCAACAGGUGAAUUAGAGGAAGGUUCCUGGUUACGCGAUUACUAGUAAUUCACAGUAAACAAAAGAGAAAGUAUGUGACACAUAUCAUACGUUGUUGACUGUUGGAGUCUGUCUGGAUAAGGUGUGGCACCCAGCUGUCCCCUGCAGGUGUGCAGGCAGGAGGAUACACAGUACAGACCGACACCACCUGCUGUUACACGGAGAAGAAAUCCCUUGGGCACCGCCGGAGUCUCAGAGGAAGAUGAACUGGAGCUUUUUGGAGAAUGUCCUCAGUGGGGUGAACAAAUACUCCACUGUGAUCGGGCGCAUUUGGCUCUCUGUGGUCUUUCUCUUCAGAAUCUUGGUUUAUGUGGCAGCAGCUGAGCAGGUGUGGAAGGAUGAGCAGAAGGAUUUUGUGUGCAACACCCAGCAGCCCGGCUGUGAGAACGCCUGCUUCGACCACUUCUUCCCCAUCUCACAGGUGCGUCUGUGGGCCCUACAGCUUAUCAUGGUGUCCACCCCAUGCCUGCUGGUUGCCCUGCAUGUGGCCUACAGGGAACACCGAGAGGCCAAACACAAGCGAAAACUGUACCAGGACAAAGGGAGCAUUGAUGGAGGUCUGUUCUGCACCUACACAGUCAGCUUGGUCUUCAAGAUAUCCUUUGAGGUGGGCUCCUUGCUCGCUUUCUACUUCCUGUACAACGGCUUUGAGGUGCCUAUACUGCUCCGCUGCAGCCAGAGUCCCUGUCCCAACACAGUGGAUUGUUACAUAGCCAGAGCCAAAGAGAAGAUGAUCUUCCUCUACAUCAUGGGCUGCACCUCCAUUCUGUGUAUCACUCUGAAUGUUGUGGAGCUCAUGUACAUUAUUUGGAAACAGUUGUGGAAAUGUUUCACCAGGCGGUACAUCCCUGUGGAGGAGAGUACUCUCUGUCACAGCCAGCCACCUGUUUCCAUUGUCAACAAGUUUGUCUCUGCUGAGCCCACAUCUAAUACAGACACCAGCACCACACAUCCACUGCUGAAAACCAGCCUGUCCAGUCCUAGAGGGCAGUGACUGACUGAGGCUUGUUCUCAUCUCAAAGUGAAACUACAGUGAAACCUUGUUUAACCUGAUACACUGCCCACAGGUGUCACUCUACAAUCUGUAAUAUUAAAGAAGAGAGCUAAAAAGAUCUUAUGCUAGUGAUAAGCAUAUUAACAGGGAGGGAAUGAUCUAUGCAGUAAUGCAUCUUAAAACCAAUGCAUCUCCUGGAGCUGAUGGCGCCUCAGCUGAGUUCUACUAAUCUGUGACUGGACAACAUGCUUUUUUCCCCAUUAUGAAGAGCAUAGAAGGAACCCCUCCCCUUUUAUAUUUUCUUCCCUCUUUUGUAAAACCAUUAUUAUAAGUAAGUAUAAUAAUAGUGAAAUAUCAUAGAAGGGAUCUCUGUUGUUGUUUGAGAAAUUCUUGUUACCCAUCUUGCUGAUGAUUCUAUUUUUACAACACAAAACUCAAGCACCUGCUGCAAAAAGUAAUAGAAUCUGUUUCUGGAGCCUCUAGUCAGUGUUUAAAAAGUGUGAAUUGUUAUGACUCUAAAUUUUUUUUAUUGUUCUCCGUCUCUGACAGGCCUAUAUAGUCAGGGGUGAGUUGACAGUUAGAAAAUUACAAUUACCACUUAAGAAUGAUAAUAUUAUCCUAAAUGUAAUAUUCAAAAAGUCAAAGAAAAAAUGUACUCAGCUGUUGCAAAGAUGUUUAUUUUUAAAAGGAACAGCCAAUUAGAGGGUAUCUUACACCUCACAUAUGCUGCAGAUAAAUAUCCAAAUACAGGAAGAACAGGAUUUUCAGCCACCAUUUUAGCUUUGAAAACAGACUAGAGAAUUCAACUAGGACUGAGUGACAUGAUGGAAGUAUCUCAGUGGCAGCCAUGAUAAGAGCUGGUUGAACUCUAGAUGUUGAGGAAAGGAGCUUCAUUGCUGCCUAACUUAUCUUCUUCAGCAAAAAAUACACUGGACCUUUCUUUACUAAAAGAAAGCAGAUAAUGCAAUUCUUUGCAGCAGCAGCGUUUAAAGGGACCUGCCUCAGCAGACCCACGUACAUGUAGAAACAACAGAGUACCUAUUUUAUGUUUGUGACAUGAUCAAAAACUUAUGGAAAUCCUUCAUGCUUGGCUGAGCUUCUUAUCCAUAAAAGCAGAUUUAAUCUCUUUCUGACUUUAGUUAAGAGUCAUCAUGAAAAACAAACAUACCAUAUACAUAAAUGUCAUUUCACUAAAUACCCCCAAUUGUAGAGUGCACUAAAAAAAUGUAUUCUUAAAUUUCUACUUAACAUACGUAUAAGAACAUCAAAGUGCCAACGGCAGGAAACUUGAUAUACUAUCUGAAUAUACUCUGACCCCUUUUCAAUUCCUUAAUUUUACUAUACCAUUAUUUUAAUAGAGCAACUUACUUACUGACCAGUCAUGUAGUCAUGUUGUCAUAUUAUCGUCCCGAGACCCUGUGUCCUCAUAUUGGAACAUUACAUUUUGGGUUUGUCACACCUUAAUUUUACUAAACUUAGACCUAUUGCGCAUGUUAGUUGACACUUAUUUGUCCAAUCUAGUGUUCUCAGUGCACUCAACAGUGUAAACAAGAGGCAGCAGUCUCUGUCAACACAAUCUAUAGCCAAGAUCAAGAUAAAAAUAUAAGAGGAACAAAAUCAAUCAAAUUCUAUGGUUGAAACUUGCUUUUUUAUGCUCAAUAACAUCUGUUGCUUGAUAUAGUAUACAAAUUUGACAAGACAACAAACAUGACAACAGGACGUUACUAUUUAUAUUUGCAGCCAUGACAUAACAGCCAUGUUUAGGCAUUGAGAUACAAAGUUUUAUACACUGAUGACUUUAUUAUGUUAUACAGUAUAAUAAACCCAUUGUCCCCAUAUGCCGACUUCAUUUUUUUCAAAAAACACCUCCUGUUCAAACACAUGAUUUAGUUUUUAUACUAAUCAGGUUAUAUCAAUUCAAAAAAACUAGGAGAGAUUAAAAAUACAACCAUAGGAGGUUAAUUCAACAUUUUAAGCCUGUUUGUUUUGUUUUAAUCUUUAUUGAUAACAUUAUAUAUUUUGUUGUUACUUCCUGUGAGUUACUGAUGGUUAAGUGUUCCCUGUGUAUAAAAUGAAAACAUCCUUUUCUGAGGAGGUGUGAUUCUGUGUUGGACAGGAAACCUUACUAACUGUAGCCUACACUACAGCACUGAGUUCGUCACUGUACAUAUCUUCUAUGUUUCAUAAAUAAAGUUAUC